UGUCAAAUCGUGGCGGCCUGAACCCCACAUUCAGAUGCGGAUCACGCUCUGUUUCGCACCAUGCCUUAUGACCCCUGUCAGAUCUCCCUGACACCGUUUACACGGUCACUUCUUAUACACUCAUCAUCCACGCCUCCCUUAGCUGGAAUAAGCGCCGAACCUCUUCACCCUCCUCGAACACCUAAGCUAUCUGAGUGUGCAAAUGUCCAAUUCAGCGUCCCAGUGGGGUUCUCCUACGGCUUCCAAGCGGGCUCUUCUCAUUCAUGGCAUGACUAUGUGCUCGAAUUCAUGGGAGGGCAUCGCUCGACUAUUGGUAGCAGAAGGUUUCUUCGUUGUAGCGCCGAACCUCCUUGGGCAUGGAUAUAGACGGUGCACCAACUAUAAGGUGUCCGAGUUUGCAGAAGACCUCCGACCAUAUUUCGCCAUGAAUACGUCCUACGACGUAAUCAUCGGACAUUCUUUUGGAGGUCCAAUCACCCUGUCGCUCUUGCCGUUCUUGCCCAAACCGAAAGAAACCACCGUCAUACUCCUCGAUCCCGCCCUCGAGCUUUCAGAGGAGCGUCUCAACUCUCAGAUGAAUGUGUUUUUACAAUGGACGGCGAAUGUCAGAAGCGCGGAAGAGCACAUGAUUGAGAAUCCUACUUGGUCACGACGUGACUGCGUGUUAAGAACGCUGGGAGUCGCAAUGUGUGAUCUCAAUACUGUCGGGGUUUUUCAGCGAAACAGCCCAUGGUCUUUCAGCGGGAUGUUCAAAAACAUCCCGCCUAACGUCAAGAUCACUGUGCUAGCAUCGGAUCCGAAUCUUUUGGAACGCAUCCCUAAUGGUGUGGAGAGACUGACCGUCAGAGUCCUUACCGGCAUCGGUCACUGGAUACAAUACGAGUGUCCGGAUGUUAUUAUGGAUGCAAUUCCCCUACCAAGAGCAAAACUGUGAGCCGUGGAGAGUAGGAAUGGCGUUCUACAGCGUAUUUUUUCUACAAGUGUCA